UCGAGCGGGCGGGCAUCCCCCUGCUGCUGAGCCCGCAACGAUGCCCGGGUGUGCCAGGGGAGAGGCGCUCGUACUGGGCUCGGAGAGCUGCAGAGCGUACGCUGCGGCGGACGCGAGGGGGCGCUGCAGGACCGGAGCACGGCGCUAGCAAGGGCGCGGAGGCGGGAGACUUAGGGCGGUAGGGGGCUUGCACCCGUGCAGCCGCAGCGGACCUGAGAGGGGACUCGGGGCGCAGGUUGGGGCGCUAGCAAUGAUGGCUGCGGCGGAGGCAGUGCACCACAUCCACUUGCAAAACUUCUCUCGCUCAUUGCUCGAGACCUUAAACGGCCAGCGACUGGGCGGCCACUUCUGCGAUGUGACCGUGCGCAUCCGCGAGGCUUCCCUGCGCGCACACCGCUGUGUGCUGGCUGCCGGCUCGCCCUUCUUCCAGGACAAGCUGCUGCUAGGCCACUCGGAGAUCCGCGUGCCGCCGGUGGUUCCUGCGCAGACGGUGCGCCAGCUCGUGGAGUUCCUUUACAGCGGCUCUUUGGUGGUGGCACAAGGCGAAGCGCUACAGGUGCUCACGGCCGCAUCUGUGCUGCGCAUCCAGACGGUCAUUGACGAAUGCACGCAGAUCAUCGCACGCGGGCGCGCCCCUGUCCCAGGCACCCCGGUGCCUGCACCCCUGCCCACAUCAGUGCCCCCGCCGCUCGCACCCGCGCAGCUACGCCACCGCCUCCGCCACCUCCUGGCCGCUCGCCCGACAGGCCACUCCGGUACGGCACACAGCCGCAAGCAACGCCAGCCGGCGCGCCUGCAGCUGCCUGCGCCCCCUGUGCCCGCCAAGGUCCAGGCUCCUGACGCCGACCUGGCAGUCCCUGCACCCCCCGAGGAUGGUGGCGACGACGACGACGAUGAGACAGACGAUGAGACGGAUGGCGAGGAUGGAGAAGGGGGUGGCAGUGGCCCGGGUGAAGGCCAGGCGCCCCCUGCCUUUGCUGACUGCACCGCUGGUUUCCUGGAUACCACCGCAGGCAGUGCACGCGAGGACCCUCCUGCGCCCACUGGCCUCCCUGACUACGGCGGCGCUGGGAAGGACUUCCGGGGAGCUGCAGUGGCCGAGGACGUAUUUCCUGACAGCUACAUCUCCGCCUGGCACGAUGAGGAUGGUACUGCCGCCAAGGCCUGUCCUGUGGAGACCUCUGCCCCUGACCAACCUGACUGCGUCCUGGCUGGCCCCCGCCCACCGGGCGUGAAGACCGCCGGGCCGACCGCCUCACUCUUCCCCUUUCACCUGGGUGCUCCGGGACCACCGACCCCCGCGCCCCCACCCGCCUUCUACCCGGCUCUCCAGCCUGACACAGCUCCGGGUACCUCUGUGGGUGCUGCUGCGCAGCUAGGGGAGGCUCCUGCCCCGUCCCCCGCGCCAGCUCCGGCUCCGGCCCCUGCUCCGGCCACACUGGGCGCCGCGGCGCGCCCCUCCGCCGCAGAGACGCCUGCCUAUGAGUGCAGCCACUGCCGCAAGACGUUCAGUUCUCGGAAGAACUACACCAAGCACAUGUUCAUCCACUCGGGGGAGAAGCCGCACCAGUGCGCCGUGUGCUGGCGAUCCUUCUCGCUACGCGACUACCUGCUCAAGCACAUGGUCACUCACACGGGAGUGCGAGCCUUCCAGUGUGCUGUCUGUGCUAAACGCUUCACGCAGAAGAGCUCACUCAACGUGCACAUGCGCACGCACCGCCCUGAGCGUGCGCCCUGCCCAGCCUGCGGCAAGGUCUUCUCGCACCGUGCGCUGCUCGAGCGCCACCUGGCGGCGCACCCCGCUCCCUGAUCCGGGGCCCACCCACGCCUCGAUUACUGAGGCCACGCCCACUGCAGGCCCAGUCACACCCCACGGUCCCAGGCCGCGCCCACAGUGCGUUCAGCCACGCCUUGCACAGUCUGGCCACACCCACCGCAGGAUCUAUCAUGUCCCGUGAGUCAGUGCACACCCUUGUGGAUACGGGUCACACCAUGUCCCUGAGUGAGGCAGUCUACUCACACCUGUCCUGCGUGCCCAGGGCAAGCCAAACCCGCAGUGGUAUCUUAAUCAUGCUUCCACCAUCAGAUCCCUCGCACCUGAGCCCAGGUACCCCUUCUCUGCCUCCACUCCUUCUCCAGACCUGAUGGGGGGCCAGCCCUUCUUUCUCAUUUCCUCCCACAUACUUGGACCUUUCAGAAACCUGACCACCUCUGAGAACUGGACCAUUUCCAUCCUGAACGGGGCACUCAGACCCUUGGACGUGGGGCACUGACUGGUGGCCCUACACCUGGUUCGCAUCUCCAUCUCCCCUUCCUGUGUGGGUGGGGUGGGGCGGGGCAAAGUCUGGGGCUGCUGUCCAGCCCCAGUGGAGGACUGGGUGGGGGCCCAGCAUAUCCCACGAAGACCAGGGUAUCCCCUCCUUGGUCAGAUGCCUAGGUGAGUCAGGUGGACCCACCAAGGACUUGAGGAUGGGUCUUGGGAUGUAAUAAAGGACAGUGAGCCA